UUAUGUACUGUAUGCACUCCACACUAGUACUCGGCGUUAUCUAACCGAACACCUCGGCACUCCGUCGCAUUCCAUCUAUAUUAACUACCCCCAACACCUACUCUAUCAUAAACACUCUUUGUACACUCUACGAACAAAAAGCAAAAUGUCCCAACGACUCACCCAACUAACCCACCAACUAAACUACCCCUCCGGCCUACUAGCCAGCAAAACCGCCAUCGUCACCGGCGGCGGCCAAGGCAUCGGCGCCGAAAUCGCGCGCCUGUUCGCGAACGAAGGUGCUAAGGUUGUCAUUGCUGAUAUUGACGGUGGAAAGGCAAAUGCAACCGCAGAAGCCAUCACCGCGAACGGUGGAAAGGCCAUCGCUGUUGUUGGGGAUAUACUCGAUGACGGGUAUAUCCAGGGAUUGGUGAAGAAAACAGCGGAGUUUGGGGAUGGAAAAGUCCACCUUAUUGUGAACAAUGCGGGGUUUACGUGGGAUGGGGUUAUUCAUAAGAUGACUGACAAACAAUGGGAAACAAUGCUGGCAAUCCACAACACAGCCCCAUUUAAGCUCGUCCGUGCCGCGGCCCCAUACUUCCGGGUCAAAGACGGCGAGGACCGUGUCAUCGUGAACAUCAGCAGCACCAGUGGGAUCCACGGGAAUGCAGGCCAGGCAAACUACGCUGUCGCAAAGGCCGGCACCGUAGGCCUUACCAAAACCAUCGCCAAAGAAUGGGGCCCCGCCUUCAACGUGCGCUCUAACACAGUCGCCUUCGGUUUCGUCAAGACCCGUCUUACAGCCGCCAAAGAAGACGGCGCAUACGUGACCACGCCUGAUGGGACGAAGGUUGCGCUGGGGAUUCCCGGGAAGCAGCUACAGAACCGCCAAGGAGGUGGAGGAGGAGCGAGCGGAGGGAAAGGAGGGGACGAGUAUCCGGAUAUUCCGCUGCGACGGCCUGCUAGUCCCGAGGAGGCGGCGAGGGCUGUGCUGGCGGUCGCUAGCCCGUUGUUUUCGUAUGUGAGUGGUGAGACGAUUCGGGUUACGGGGGGGAGGAAUAUGUAGGUUAAUUGCAAUAGUUGCGUUGCAUUUACUUUGUUAGCAAUAUCAAUAUUAUUACUCCAGUACAGAGGGGCAGAGGGGUUGCGUGUUUCGGAUGCCUCGAAUUAAGUGCACAAUAU